UUGUGUGUAGUUAAGAAAAAUCAAUUUAUUUUUGUUUCCAGUGUACAUUUACUUGGCAUUGACUGUCAAUAAGUGGAUUUAUUGGAUUAUAAUCUCUUCUUUAUUUCUCUGCGAUCAAUGCUCCUCUACCACUUGGAUAAGCAACUCUAUGAUUUUUGCACAUUGCAGUGUAAAUAAAUGAUACUUAAAAAAAAGUAAUACAUAUAAUUGAUAAGGUACAACACCAUUAAGUGAUUCUUAUAAAUAUAAAGAUAUACAUGAAAAAAAUAAUUAUAUAUAAAAAUCUAUAUUUUUUUGAUUGAUUCAAAAAAUAAAAUUGAAUUAAGAAGAAGCAGCAGCAGCAUCAGCAACAAAAAUUUAUGUGUGUGAAUUUCAGUUUUAAUUAAAGUAAAUUAAUGCUUUGUUAAUGAUAUACAAGUAAGAAUAACGCGAAAAAUUCAAAAAAAAUGAGUACCACCAUGACAAAUAAUAAUAAUACAACAACAACAACAAACACGGCGAAAAAUCCAAUUAUACCGCCAAAAUUCUAUCAAAUUUGUCGCCUAUGUCUCGCCUUGUGCAGUGAUAGUGAAUCAAAUCGCUUGUUUAGCGACUCGAGCAGCACAUCCACUGGCAACUAUGUGUUGGGCUCGCAUGGCAGCAAAAAUAGUAACUUGCGUUCCCUGCAAUCGUCCAUCAUCAAGUUAACGAACAAGCAAAAGCAACAGCAAGCUGCCGAUGAUUUUGACUCGUCGAAAGACCAGCGACAAGCAUCUCCGAGCAAUAUCGAUAAUUGCUGCUAUGACGAUGACUCAGAUUUAGAUAUUACCAAUCGGAUAUUAUCAUGUCUUUCCAUUGAGGUGUUACCAAAUGAUAAAUUGCCAAAUGUUGUUUGUGAGGAAUGUAGGGACCAAUUAGACUCGUGUUAUCGAUUUCGGAGAAUGGCACGAAAAUCACAGAAAUCACUGCGGAAUUUUGUCGAGUACACGGAAAAGUUGAAUGGAAGUCCACAGGAACAAUUGUCACAGGCAACCGAAGCGCUCGACGACAUGCUCCAGUCGUUCGACUCAAAGUCGGCUGCCGAACAAACGGCCGUUGCCGCACUCACAGCAUUACGUAAUAACAAUAAUAAUAAUCAUACAACAAAAACAGUUACCUCAGUACUUAGUAAAACACAUCUCCAAAAUUUGGAAGCCAAUUCAGUAUCUGUGAUCCCAAUUGAUACGUUAUCGAAGCAACAACAGCAACAGCAGCAGCAAACUAACAAUUCAUCCGUGAUAAAUGCAACAUUUCACCAAAAAACUUCACCACCGCCUCCUCCGCAACUUUUGCCAGUAAAUGCAGCGGCAUUGCACCAACAGAAAUUGUCUCAUUUGCAGCAACAAUUGGAAACUGCGGCAGUUCUCAUGGAUAUUAGCAAGAAGGUCAUUAUUUCGCCGCCCAGCUCGAAUCCGCAAUCGCCGAGUGUGGGAGAUGCGAGCACGCAAAACAAGAAUCCGCAAAGUAUUACCACGAAUGUGAUAAAGAAUCAGGAUUUUACCAACAACGCCUCCAUCAAACGUUCACCGAGCACGGAAGAAAUGGACCUCAGUGUCAAGCGCAUCAAGUUGGAACAUCCCUCGUUGAACUCGAAUCUCAAAAUUUCCAAGCCCUCGAAUCACUUGAUCAUCAAAAACGCUGGCAUCGAUCCCGCAACGAAAACGAGUCACAUCAAGAUCGAAAAUCACAAUUCCGACUCGAAUGACAGCAGUGACUCGGAUCGCUUGCAAAUGGACAUUUCCGACGAAAAUGUGGGCGAAUUGCAAGUCACGCAAAUCAAAGGUCGUCACAAUCAUCGAAACAAGCAAAUUUUCGUGGGACGCGAAACUCCCGACAGUUUGGCAUCCGACGAACACAAUGCCGAAGGAACUGAUCCCGCAACGACUCAAUUGUGGCAAGCACUUGCUCAGUAUCCUAAUGGAGGUGGCAACGAAGCAACGCAACUUUUGCGCAAAAUGAUUAAUUGCCGUUCAUUGGGACUUCCGUUCUCGGCGGCGCUCAGUAUUACUGGUGCCUUGUCGCCAGACCAACCAUUGCCGUUGCUGAAGGGCGACGAUCAUCGUUCGCACCAUCAAAAGACGUCUUCGGGCCGUCGGAAACAAUCGUGUCCCUCACGUGCCUCCGCUUUGGACAAAUUGGCAGCAGCUGGAGCUGAACUCGCAGAACGGAGUGAACUCGAUACGUCGACGGAGCAAGAUUCGAAUGCCGCGGCGCAACCUUGGAUUAAUUACGAUGAAAUUGCGGCAGCAGCAGCAGCUGGAGGAAAGCAACAAUCGCCCGUUGUGGCAACGAAUAACAACAAAAACCAAAAUAAUACUCAGUCCUCGAAGGAUAUGUCGUGCACGAAUUGCGGAACUACCACGACGACGAUUUGGCGUCGAAAUGUCAAGGGCGAGAUGGUUUGCAAUGCAUGCGGAUUGUACUUUAAAUUGCAUGGCGUCAAUCGGCCUCACACGAUGCGACGAGAUACGAUCCACACACGCAGACGGCGACCAAAGGGCGACAAAUCUGGAAGAAGAAAAUCCAAGAAUCAAGACAUCCAAGAACAAGAAUCAGCUGACUCGACGGAACGUGGUGCUAACGACAACUUUCAAACACUUGCGAAUCACAAUCUCUUAAUUGCUCUCGGGGCUCGUGGCGGAGCGCCUCCAGCUUUUUCGAUGCAGCAAUACUCCGACUUCAUUCGGUCCCAAAACUUCCAAAUGGGCACACAAAUUGAGACAAACCACAAAGCAGGUAGCGCCGGAAGCGACAAAGAUCUCGACGAGACAGGCAGUGCAGAUGCCGCCGACGACGAUAGCGGAGCAGAAAAUGACAUUGAUUCAUGCAAUUUACCCCUAAACUUGGUUGCUACUCAAUUGGGUGCUGAAUCGCCACAACGUUAACUUUUUUUUUCAUUAGUUACUUAGUUUGCAACACACACACACAUAAAUAGGCCAGAAACUUGAUUUAACGAAAAAAAUACUUAAAAAGAAGAAAACUUGAAGCAAUUUGAAUUGAUUGACACACGAGAUGUCGCAAAACGGAACAAAAAAAGCAAUUUUGUUAUCUUUUAUCAUCAUUAUUACUACACGCAACGCGACUGAAUUUCAUCCAAGCAAUAUUUAUUUUUAUUCACUGGAAUAAAUUUUCACUUAAAUAUUUUUUUCAGUCGCUUUUCCUUAAUUUUUUAAUAUGAAAAAAAAAUCUUGCCUUACAAAAAUUACCACAAAUUAUUCGAAUACUUAUGCAUUUGAUUCAAAAAUUAAAACUUAAAUACAAAAAAAAAUCUUACUUAAUAUAUUUCACACACAAGUCUUUCCAGUCCAUAAAAAAAACUUAAAUUUGACUUAAAACUUUUAUCAAAAAAAUUUCAUGA